UAAUGAUUUGGAAAAAAUUGGAUGCUCUUUUAUCAAAGGCCGAGGCUAAAGGCUUUAAGAUGGCUAACAAAGCUCAUGUGUACGUUGUUAAUGGGAUCCUAUGUCUUAUAGCAUAUAAUGUCUACACAGUGUUUAGGGGUUAUAAUGAAUUCUUUUUGGAAGCAAGAGUAUAAAUUACAAAGAAUUUAGCAAGAAGCAGCUCCAGAUCUUGAUGAUGUAACUGGUGAACCCCAAUAUCCAAUCAAUAAGAAUAUACGCAAGAAUUGAU